AUGCCUCGCAAAAUGAAGAACAAGGCCGUUGUGCCUUCAGAAGAGCCUCCAACCAAGCGCACCAAGCUUUUCGACGAAGACGCCGCUUCAGACGACGAUGCUGUUAAUCUCACCAUCAACGAGGAAUUUGCCAAACGCUUCGAACACAACAAGAAGCGUGAAGAGAAGCAACGACUCGAGGAAAAGUAUGCAAACGAAGACUCGGACGAAGAAUCAUCCACCGACGAGGAUGAAGAUGACGCCGCCGAACUAGCCACUGCCGACCUGGACAACGAAAUCUUUGCUACCCUCAACGCAAUCAAGAAGAAGGAUCCUCGUGUCUACGACCCCAAGGUCACCUUUUACACUCCUUUCGAAGCCGACCAAGCCAAUGAUGAUGGUACCAAGAAGGAAAAGCCUCUGUACCUGGCAGACUACCAUCGCCAAAACCUCCUCAAUGGCAACGCAGAGGUCGACGAGGAGGAAGACGCUCCCCCACAAACAUACGCUCAAGAGCAACAAGCCCUCAAGGACGACCUGAUCAACCAGAUGCAUGCUACUGCUGAGGAAGAAGCCGACGACGAAGAUGACUUCCUUGUCAAGAAGCCAGGUCAGACCCGUGCUGCCAACGAUGCCCCUCGCCCGCAAAUCACCGAGCGCGACAUUCAAGUCGCCGACAAGGACCCCGAGACUUUCUUGUCGAACUUUAUGCAAUCGCGUGCAUGGGUCCCUGAUGAGAAGUCUCGCUUCGAUGCCUUCGAUUCCGACGACUCCGAGGACGAGAGACGUGCCGAGAUGUUCGAAGAUGCCUACAAUAUGCGUUUCGAGGACCCUACCAAGGCCAAUGAGAAGCUCAUGACCUUCUCUCGUGAUGUCGCCAAGCUGAGUGCUCGUAGAGAGGAGAAGAGUGGUAGAAAGAAGCAACGUGAGAAGGAACGCGAAAAGAAGGAGGCUAUCAAGCGUGAACGCACAGAGGAGAAGGCUAGACUCAGAAAGCUCAAGAUUGACGAGGUUGAAGAGAAGGUCAAGAAGAUCAAGGAGGCUGCUGGUCUCAAGAACCAGGCUCUCGAUCUUGGCGAGUGGAAGCAAGUGCUAGACGAAGACUGGGACGACGAUCACUGGGAACAAGAGAUGAAACGUCGCUUCGGUGACAAUUAUUACUCCGAGAAGGACGCCAUUGUCGAGGAUGAUGCCGACGAGGAAGAGGAAGAAGAUGCAGACAAGACAAAGAAGCCGCAUAAACCAAAGUGGGACGACGACAUUGACAUCAAUGAUCUCGUGCCCGAGUUUGACGAAGAGGCAGAGGCGGCAAAGCUCAGAGGUGAAUUGGCCGGGUCUGAUGAGGAGGAAGAUGAUGCAGAAGACAACGCAGACGAAGACGACGACAACAUCAUCGCUCCCGAUGGCGUUCAACGCAAGACCAAAAAGGACCGACUCAAGGAGGCCGCCGACAAGAGACGUGUUGCUCGUAAAGAGCGCAUGGCUAUUGAGGAGCUUGUUGACGCAGAUUUGACCGGUGAUCUCCCCGUCUCUACGAAGACAUCUGGAUUCCGUUAUCGCGAGACCUCGCCAACAUCAUUCGGUUUGACUGCGCGCGAUAUCCUCUUUGCCGACGACACUGCACUGAACGAGUAUGCCGGUCUGAAGAAGCUGGCUACCUGGCGUGACGAGGACAAGAAAAAGAAGGAUAAGAAGAAGCUGGGCAAGAAGGCUCGUCUACGACAAUGGCGCAAAGAAACCUUUGGCACCGAAGAAGGCUUUACUGGCGGCUUCAAGGAGUUUUUGGGUGAGGAGGCACCAGCACAGAGUAGUGCAGGAGCUGAAGGUGGAAGCAGAAAGAGAAGAGGAAAGAAGCGCAAGGCUGAAGCAUGA